AUGAACGGUAACAUUGACCCCGAGAGGGCGCAAGCCCUCGAGGAUUACAAGAAGAGCCUGCUGGAGUUGCGAGAGUGGGAGGCAAAGUUAAAAUCGUUGCGCAUGGGAAUCAGAGACCUCCAGAAAGAAUAUGAUGUGACGGAGGAGAACAUCAAGGCUCUUCAGAGUGUCGGCCAGAUCAUUGGGGAGGUAUUGAAGCAGCUCGAUGAGGAACGAUCGCCUGAGACGAAUGGCAAGCUAAUGCGAGUAGUCAUUGUCAAAGCAUCUUCUGGCCCCAGAUAUGUCGUUGGGUGUCGCUCUAAGGUCGAUAAGUCGAAAUUGAAGCAAGGCACUCGUGUCGCCCUUGACAUGACGACGCUCACGAUCAUGCGGAUGUUACCUCGUGAGGUUGACCCCUUGGUGUACAACAUGUCUCUGGAAGAUCCGGGUCAGGUUAGCUUUGCUGGUAUCGGUGGCCUGAAUGAGCAGAUCAGAGAACUACGAGAGGUGAUCGAGCUGCCGCUGAAGAAUCCGGAGCUCUUCCAGCGGGUCGGCAUCAAACCCCCGAAGGGAGUGUUGCUUUAUGGGCCUCCUGGUACAGGAAAAACACUUCUCGCAAGAGCUGUAGCCAGCUCGUUGGAAACGAACUUCCUGAAGGUGGUGUCGUCCGCUAUCGUCGACAAAUAUAUCGGUGAAUCAGCACGAUUAAUACGAGAGAUGUUCGGAUAUGCAAAAGAGCACGAGCCCUGUAUCAUCUUCAUGGACGAGAUUGACGCUAUCGGAGGGCGACGAUUCUCAGAGGGAACUUCCGCUGACCGCGAAAUCCAAAGAACAUUGAUGGAAUUGCUCAACCAGCUGGACGGGUUCGACUAUCUCGGAAAGACAAAGAUCAUCAUGGCCACGAAUCGACCGGACACACUCGACCCCGCGCUCCUUCGUGCCGGUCGACUGGACCGUAAGAUCGAGAUUCCGCUGCCGAACGAAGUGGGCCGGCUGGAGAUUCUGAAGAUCCACGCCAGCACUGUGAGGACAGAGGGAGAGAUAGAUUUUGAAAGCCUUGUCAAGAUGAGUGACGGCCUCAACGGAGCUGACCUGCGGAAUGUUGUGACUGAAGCGGGAUUUUUCGCCAUCAAGGAUGAGCGGGAUGCGAUCAAUCAAGAUGACUUUAAUAAGGCUGUUCGCAAAGUUGCGGAAGCAAAGAAGCUGGAGGGCAAGCUGGAGUACCAGAAACUGUGA